UCGGUUAAUAACACACACACACACACACAUACACACACACACACACAGACACAGACACACACACACAGCAACAUGUCUGCCGCAGAAUGGAAGAAGAAGUGUGAGGCUGAAUGGAGUCUGCAGGGAGCACCGAUGCCUGACAGCGUAGACUGGAAGUCCGUGUAUGAAGCCAAGCCUCUGGGGAGAAACCUCCUGAAGAACCCUUCUCCUCACGGGUUGAGUAAAGACACCCCUCCACCCGAACCUGACCGGCCCGAUGUGCCCACACGUGGGCCUCCACGUUUCCAGCCUGAUGGUGACUUUACCGGCUGGACCACCAACACCGAGGUCCUCCCCUAUGACACCAGUGGCAUCCCAGAAGGUGUUGUGAUCUGUCAUUUGCCUCAGUACAGCUGGUUUACUAUGGAGCAGGUGGUGGACCUAAAGCAAGAGGGACUGUGGGAUGAGCUGAUGGAUCAGUUUCAGCCUGAAAUACUGAUCCAAGACUGGUAUGAGGAGACUCAGCUGCAUGCAUCCAUCUACCAUCUGCAUGUAAAGUUACUGGGUGCAGACAAAACCACUGUGAUUUCGGAACACACAGUCAACCCCACUGAGCAGCUCAGUGAUUACUCACACACAUGGAAGGAAGUGUCACAUGUGUUCUCUGGCUAUGGACCGGGGGUUAGAUACGUUCAUUUCCUGCACAGACUGAAGAACCAGUUCAUGAUAGAGUUCUUCCCCACGCUGUUCACUGGCAGCUCAGUCACUGUCAAACCAACCAAAACCAGUUCCUAGGCUGGAACGUAGAAUGCUGCGAGUUGCAAUGCAGACAUAGUUGCUAACACGCUUACUAACCAACCUGAUCAACACAUAGCUGCUUUUUGACUGGUUGUUGGACUGGUUACCAUGUGUGCAAUAAUUAUUUUUGUAUCUAAUUUUGAAUGCUGAUUGUUGGGGUUGAUUGCUCUUGGGGAGUUCUGCAUUAGUCUGGUGAAAUAAUAAAAUACAUUUUCUUAUUU